UGUGACAGGGCUCGCGAACAGCCGUCUGGCUGUCACUUGUCUCGUGGACUAUCCCACUGCAGGCUGAGCCUCGUCCGACCGGCAGGCGCACCGCUGGAGUUUUUUUUCUUCUUGGCGAUUCGGACUGCAGAAAACACCGGGGGAUGAACUUGUAUGACUGAAAGGAGAUCCGUAGAUAUAAACAAGGGGGAUUAAUUUACGAAAAUGACGGUGGAUUUUGAAGAAUGCAUUAAGGACUCUCCCCGAUUCAGGGCAGCAAUAGAUGAAGUAGAAGCUGACGUAGUUGAAAUCGAAGCAAAACUCGAUAAGCUAGUGAAGCAAUGCAGCGGCAUGAUUGAGGCUGGAAGGGCGUAUAUUGCAGCGAAUAAGCACUUUGUCAGUGGAAUAAGAGAUCUUUCACAGCAAUGCAAGAAAGAAGAGAUGAUUUCUGAAUGCCUACACAAGUUUGGAGAGAGUCUUCAAGAAAUGAUUAACUACCAUACGAUACUGUUUGAUCAAGCUCAGAGGUCAGUGAGGCAACAACUACACAACUUUAUAAAAGAGGAUGUUCGAAAAUUCAAGGAAACAAAGAAGCAGUUUGACAAAGUGAGGGAGGACAUGGACAUUGCACUAGUAAAAAAUGCUCAGGCUCAACGUCACAAGCCCCAUGAAGUAGAGGAAGCAACAGGAACACUCAACAUCACCCGCAAGUGCUUCAGGCAUUUGUCCUUAGACUAUGUGCUCCAGAUUAACGUUCUUCAAGCAAAGAAGAAAUUUGAAAUAUUAGAUGCGAUGUUGUCAUUUAUGCACGCUCAGUACACGUUCUUCCAUCAGGGCUACAGCCUUCUUAAUGAACUGAAUCCAUAUAUGAAAAAACUGGCUGAAGAGCUGGACCAGCUCGUCAUUGAUUCUGCAGUAGAAAAAAGAGAAAUGGAACACAAGCAUGCAUUAAUACAACAACGGACAUUAAUGCAGGAUUUUUCAUAUGAUGAUCCCAAAACAGAAUUUAAUAUUGAUGCACCUAAUGGAGUGGUUAUGGAAGGCUAUCUUUUCAAGAGAGCAAGCAAUGCUUUUAAAACGUGGAAUCGACGGUGGUUUUCAAUUCAGAACAGCCAGUUGGUGUACCAGAAGAAAUUAAAGGAUGCUUUGACAGUUGUGGUAGAAGACCUUAGACUUUGCUCGGUUAAACCUUGUGAGGAUAUAGAAAGGAGGUUUUGCUUCGAAGUUGUCUCACCAACCAAGAGCUGUAUGCUACAGGCAGACUCUGAAAAGUUACGUCAGGCCUGGAUUCAGGCAGUUCAGGCUAGUAUUGCCUCAGCCUUUAGGGAAAGCCCGGAUAGCUAUUACUCAGAGAAGUUAGACAGAACAGCAUCUCCUUCCACUAGCAGUAUUGACUCUGCUACUGAUUCAAGAGAGCGUAGUAUCAAGGGCGAGAGCAUUUUACCACGUAUCCAGGGUAUCAGUGGAAAUGACCAGUGCUGUGACUGUGGUCAGUCAGAUCCACGGUGGGCCAGUAUAAACCUAGGCAUCAUUCUGUGUAUAGAGUGUUCUGGAAUUCACAGGAGUUUAGGUGUCCAGUGUUCUAAAGUUCGUUCUCUAACUCUGGAUUCGUGGGAACCAGAAUUACUAAAGCUGAUGUGUGAACUAGGGAAUAAUACCAUAAACCAGAUCUAUGAGGCAAGGUGUGAAGAACUUGGCCUGAAAAAGCCGACAGCUACAAGUUCAAGGCAAGAAAAAGAAGCAUGGAUUAAGGCAAAGUACGUGGAAAAAAAAUUCUUGAAGAAAUUGCCCAACAGUGAGGCCCUCACAGGGAGUGAACACAAACCCCGACGAUGGAGUGUAAAGAAAUGCCAGCGGCACAACAGCUCCACCAGAGCACCGACAGCAAGGCGGAAGUAUCGACAUGAUGCCGGUAGUGCCUCUCCAGCAACAUUUACCUCAGCUGCUGCAUUCGAGAGAAGGUUUCGCCGUGACUCACUUUUCUGUCCAGACGAACUUGAUUCUCUAUUUUCCUACUUUGACACAAGCACGGGGCCACGUAGUGCACCAUCCUUUUUAUCCCUGCAAAAAAUGAAGUGUAAUAAUCAGAUUAACUCCAAUGUGUCGUGUCUGAGCAGUGACAGUGGACUGGGAGGGAGCACAGAUGGCAGUACGGACAUCUUGGUGUUUGGAUCAAUUGUGGAUAGUGUCACAGAGGAAGGAUGUGAAAUUUCUGAGGAAUCCAGUGGGGAGGGAGAAAUUGAACCUGAGCCAUCAGACUCUGAGGAUCUGAGAGAAUUGCAUCCUGGGUUGCUGAUUUACAAGGCAUCACGAGCACGGAACCUGCCUGUCAUGGCGGAAGCUUUGGCACAUGGGGCUGAUGUCAACUGGGUCAAUGACGAAGACGAGAAUAAAACUCCUUUGAUACCAGCCGUCAUCGGGGGUUCUCUAAUUGCCUGCGAGUUUUUGCUACAGAAUGGUGCUGAUGUAAACCAAAGAGACAGGAGAGGCCGAGCCCCGCUGCACCAUGCAACGUAUAUGGGACACACUGGUCAAGCGUGUCUCUUUUUAAAACGAGGAGCUAAUCAGCAUGCACUUGAUGAAGAUGGCCAUGAUCCUCUCAGCAUUGCAGUCCAAGCAGCCAACGCAGACAUUGUAACAUUGUUGAGGCUUGCUCGAAUGAAUGAAGAAAUGCGAGAAGCAGAAGGUCCGUUUGGACAACCAGGUCAAUAUCCCAGCAACAGCCCUACUGAGCAACAGUACAAGAAGUGUAUACAGGAAUUCAUCACUCUGAAUAUAGAUGAGUGUUAGGAACACGCCUACAGGCUCUCCUGACUGGUUGGGUGUAACAACACACAAUUUAAUCUGAGCCCCACCCACCAAGAACCAGCAGGAUUAGUAUUGAUUAGUACUAGAAUAUAAUAUGUAAUAUAUUGUUGCGAAUGUGUAAUUUAAAAGUUUUUGAUGCACGCAUUUCAAGUAGACUCUGGUAAAAUAUUAAUCUGGUGCUACUGGGAAACCACUGCCUAGACGUCUUUAUUCACAUCCAGUACUGAUCAGCAGAUCACACCAGCAUAGCGCCAGUCCUGCCAGUAACUGCUGACUGUUAGUGUGUUACUUUGCGCAAGAUUUCUUGAUAAUGCUUUGUAACACAAAUUUUGGCUUAGGCAACAUGUUAGUUGUGACAUAUAAAAGUCUGCAAAUGUGAAGGAAGGAUCGUUUGGUUAAAGUGAAAUCUAGCAUGAAGUGAUUAACAACCAUAAUGUAUGCAUUUUUCAAGAGUGGCAUCUGGUUUUGCAAAGCACUUUGUAAACUUCAAGCACUGGAAGUCUGCAUUUAUGCCUGCAAUGUAGUGAUCUGUUUCUACUGUGGUGAUAAUAACCAGUAAGGCAUGGCAGGAUGAUUGCUAGGUGAGAUAACUUUAGAUUUUAAAUGUGCUAAGGCACAGAGCAGAACUGAAUGUCUCCAGUAACACGAGACCUAGCAUUAAGCAGUGAAGUAGAUUCCUUGGUGUGCCUCAUUGCAAUUAUAAAAUGGGUUCUUAGAAAUAAAGAGAAAGGCCUAUUUUGUAGGAUAUUUCCUUUAAAUUAGUUUCAAGCCAUGACGUGCUAUUUCUCCAUGGCAGCAGUUGCCUUUAGGCUAGUCAGUUUUCAGGGUUUUUCCUAUGCAGUCUAGAGUUAUAGUUGUCAGUUUAUAUGCUUAACACACCAGUUUUUACAUAUAACUGCUCGAUUAUUUGAUGGCAGCAAAUCUCAGACUAGAACAAACUAAAUCAGGUGGUAGCAAGGCACAGUUUUAUGUUCUGCACUAGCUGUCUGCCAGGUUCAAAACACGCUGGCAUUGCUGUGUUUUAUUAAGCAAUUGAGUAGAUGACAGCUUGGCAUUUUACAUCACAAGUACAUGCCAUUUCGAUAUUUGCAAAUGCAUACUUUUGUUUCUUUGAUAUUUAUUUGGUUUCAGCAAGCUGGAAGGACAAAAAUUUGUUUGAGAUGUUAGCUCACUGCACUUUGGUGAAACAGCCUGGUAGAUGUUGCAUUUAUGUGCUAAACUGGCCAUAAUGUAUGGAGCACUGUUAAGGGAUCAAAGACAUUUGUCUUAGUAAAAAGAGAAUGCUUGUGUGGUAUGUAGAAAUCAAAAACCAUUGUGAUCUGUGACAUAUUUUUGUGUUAGAUAGUGUCAUAAACUGAAAGCAUUUUUUUAUUUGUUAAGGAGCUUUGGAUGUUGGGAUGGUCUAAGGUUUGACUGGAAGUCUUGUUAGCCUGUGAGGAUUCACGGCUUUGUUGCCAGCAUAAUUUAAUUUCUGUCAUCUUGGUUAUUUUAUAGGAAACAGUCAUAGUGUGCUCAGUAAAAUAAGUUAGCUGUCACUUAAUUUCAAGGUACACAGCUACAAAUUUGUAAAUAGGAAAUGAAGCUGUGUCUUAAGGACACAGAUUAACUAUUUAAAGAUGACUAGGAUAUUAUUUAGACUAAAUGUAUAAAUUGACUUUGUGCACUUUUCCUACCAACAGUAUUGUUUUUACUGUCAUUUUGUGAAUUUUUUUUAUAGUACAAUUGUUUGUGUUUAAUUUAUAUUAAUAUGCCAGGCGGACUCGUGCAAUCGGAUGUAACUCAGUAAAGGUGCACUGUAUUAAUUGUUGCAUUUUUGUAUGACUUUAGAACAUAUUUUUUUAAGACUUGACAUGUUUCAUUUUUUUUUUUUGUAGUUUGGAAUGUAGGCAUAAAAUGUCUUUUAGCUCUAAUUUAAUAAAAUGGAAUAUUUCUACCAAGCCUACCGUUUCUAAAACACAGUGUACUGCAGAACUGUUUUACUUAGGAAUAAACUUCUUAGCAUUUUGUACUUUGUUUUUUUGGUGAUGUGCUUUUGUAGAUGUUUUUAUUAAGGAAUGGGUUCCCUUUUUGACGUCACAUUGUCAGGGGUCUCAAUGACCUUUGGAAACUUUUAUUGAAUUUUUGUUUUCAGUGUUGGAUAUUUUUUGUACAGUUGUUUAUAUGGAAAAGACAGGAAAACAAGAAGUUAUGAUUUUAUGCCAAAUUUAUGUUGAGGAAGUGUAGAAUGUAAAUAGUAGAUUUAAGUUUAAAUUGACAAGUACAAGAUUUCAGGUCUUAAACGAGAUCAUAAACAACAAAUUAUCAUAUUUUAUUUGUUGUUUUAAGACCUUGAUGAUUUAUUGGGUGCAGUUAUAAUGCCUGCUUUCUUGUAUCUUAAAAAUGUUGAGUUUAACUCAUUACUUCACACUAUUUCUGAAGGUUUAGUCAUUUUUAUAGUAUCUUUCAAAUAAUCACUGUAUUGCCUUAUUGGCUGCAGAUACUUUUAGACUAAAAUAACUGAGAGGACCUUUGUUUACUUGUUGGUCCAUUUAAUUAAAAUCAAACCCAUUCCUGCUCUGUACAGUAUAUUGUAAACAUUUUUACUUGUGAAGCAAAUACAAAAGAAAAGGCAUGGGUGAAGUAACAUGCAUUGCGUGCACACGUGCCUUGUAAUGUUUUUCCUCUGAACAGUUGUUGCACUUCCAAAUGUGGUUUGCCCAGUUUUAUGCAGUAUGGCAAAAGCAUUUCUAACCUGGGUCCCAUAAAUCCAUUUAAAGCCAUGAGUUUGCACAGCAGUCUUGCUGUCGCGUGCAGUGUCUUAAAAUAAUCACCCGAUUUGUACAAACUGGGGAAGUACUAGGUCACUUGAUGCAUGGAACUGAAUAGUACUCCAGGGUUAAAAUGGUGCAUUUAAUGCAAUUUUUCUAAUUGCCUACUAUUUGCAUAGCACAAUCAUGCAUUGGUUGGGAUGUUAGAUUAAACUUGGGGUGCUGCCCCGAUUCAGAAUAUUCCAGAAUAUUCCAUGAAACCUGGUGUGUAUUCGUUCCUAUGAACACAGCCAAAGAAUAUGUAUACACUGUGGGCUGUUGUGUAGGAAGUUUUUUUUUUUUUUUUAAUUACCGAAUUGGGGAUUAGCUAUACAGUGUACUUCACACGUGAAGUACUCAAGGAACUGUCUUCUCAUUCGUAUGCUCCACAGUGUACCUUUCUCACUUUGCUGUAAUGUAGUCAUAUUUGGCUCAACAGACAGGCACUUUUCCUGGUACUGUUUAACAGGCCGUUACUCAUUAGAUCGACUGUGAGUUUUUAUACAGGGGUGUCAGUUUAAGGCAUUGUGUGGACAAUGAGUUAGCACUUUCAUUAAUUUGAUCAUAAACCUGAAAAAGUGUGAUUUAUUAUUCAAGCAGGUCUGUGCUUCCGUUAUUAUGUACUUGGAAAGCAUGCGGAAUUGACUAAAACACAUAAUAUCUGUCUGGAGUUUCUGGUUCAUAAAUGCUUAGGAUACAAACUGUAGUAUGGAUAGGUUGGAUGGUAUGAUUUGUGGGAGCUGACUGUUUUGGGGAAAUAGUGAUUCUUUAAUGUUCUUUUCUUUCAGGAAGUAAAACUUCUGGCAUUUGAGUUCCUUUAUUCCUUAAUGAAUGAUAUUGUUUUUACUACCAAAGAUUAUAGCGAAAAGAUGGUUAAAUGAAAACUUUCCAUAGUUAAAAGUUAGGGGAAAACAACCCAAGUCAAUCUCAUGAGUGCUGUUUUUAUUAGGGUAUUUACUUAUGUACUCAUAAAUUUACCCCAGGACUGCCCCCUGUACUACUAAUGGAGAGAGGCAGCUCCUGAAUGAUUUACCCCAUGCACGGGUCCUCUCAUAUUAUCUGUGGUAUGAUUCCAGUUAUUCUCAGUUGGGGUAAUUAUAUAAUUAUCAACCAUGGGAUGGGUAAGACCAAACUACAACCAAAUGGGGCAGGAAAUUCACUAGGAUUAAGAUGGCCCUCAAGGGCAGCUAGCUGAGUACUUACAUAUGAACCCCUAAGGGCUUCUGUUGUUAGCCUUUCCCAAGCUUGCAUAAAUACCUUCUAGAUGGCCUAGUCAUUGUCAAGUUUUCUGUUUAGAAUAGUUGUCUGCCUAUCAACUUGUGUGCCAGUGCCCAGUUUGGCAACACCCAUGAGAUUAGCAGUCAUUUGCAAUUAUAAAUAAAGGCCAUACUUUUUUCUGGUAGUUAUUUUAUCCCCUCCACACACCCCUAUGCAGAUGACUCAACCGUUUACAUCUUUUGACUUAAAACAUUUAAUUUCAAAUUUGAUGCAUAUAAGGGAAGUCGAACCCCUCAGUGCUGCAACCUUGGUUGAAACAUUCUAUCUUUUUAGAACUGUUAGUUGUGUGGCAGUUUAGGUUAGUGGGUUCAGGCUAAGAGCUGUUGAUGAGUUUCAUUCCAUAGUUAUGGCACUGAUUCCCUCAUCUUACACUUGCAAACUGCGUGGCUCUGAACAAAUCACUUAACUGGCUAGUGCUCUCGGGUUACCUCCGAAAAGGAACACAUGUCCAGUGAACCUUCACAGUUGUCAAAUAAAUAAAAUAAAAAUAAAACCUGUCAAAAAUACACAACUGUGCGCUUUUAAAUUGAACAGUAACAAGUAGUUAUGUUAUUUGUUUAAAAUUAAUCGCAACUGUUAUUGUAUAUACUGUAUGAACUCUUAAAAAUAAUAUAUUUAAAUAGUCUUGCCUAUCCCCUGGAAGCCUGGCCAGUACGUUGGCCUACAUCUGCCCGUGUUUUAGUGCCUAUAUUCACACACUUUUGCAGAGGCACCUAUCACAAAGCAUCUUCAAAAGUAAAAACUUGUUCUGUGAAAAUAAAUUCUGUAAGCUCUAUCAAAAUGGAUUCUGAAUGGAGACUAGUCAGAUUCCUCUGUUAUUACAUAAUUAAACAAUACAUUAAUUACAUCAGCUACUGCUGAAGUGUUAUUACACUGAAAACUGUCCUUGUGUCUUGCUGGAUGUCUUCCCCUUCGGGUUAUGAUCAGUAUACAGUACCAGCUAUAAAAAUGCCUUUAAUUGGUGGAGAGUACAGCUGUUAAAGCAUACAUCUUUUGUGGACAUUUUUUUUCAUUUGAAGGCACUGUAUGGAGAAAGUGGUUUAAUGCAGCGUAUGUAUAACACCAUUAAUUUUCUGACUGCAUCUUUGCAAUAUCUGAUUCCAAAAUGAGAUUUCCGUGUUCACUCAACACAGGGUAGUGUUAGGGGGGAAUGGAGAAGAAUGCUAAAACUAUUAAUGCCUGACCCUCAAUGCCUUGUUUGGAUACAGAACAUCAUUAUUAUUUUAGAAAAACUUGGCUAGGCUUAGAAAGGCCCUCCAGGUCAUUAGUCUAGUAACAGUCUAUGAAACUAUGAAAAGCUUUACAAAAUAUUAAACCUUUAAAACUUCCAAUUACAGUGCAGGACAGCAUGUUCUUUGAAAAAAAUACCCACUUAGAAACAAAAUUAUACUUAAAAAUGACAGAUGCCAGUAGAGAGGGCCAUUUCUGAUGACUCAUUCAGUAGUUCAUGGUUUGCUUCUGGCACCCUUCGCCCUGCUUUAAGUCUAGGGGAAAACAUGAAAACCUUUUUUUGUUUGUUUGUUUUGCUGUGAUUAUGGGAACUUGGCCAGUUGUGAUCCAUCACAUUGAAACUGUCAAGCUUGGGAAAUUACUAACCUGCCUGUGAGAGUUUCUCAGAAUAAAAUAAACAUCCCUUCAAUUGGUUCAUAAAAAAAUCCAAAAUACUAAGUUUUUUUCUGUAUGUAAUUAGAAGUAAGGUUAUUAAGAACGUGAUGAGUUCUUGGUGAAAGACAGUCAGCUCCCAAAAAACAGCUGUAGGGAAUGAUGUUAUACUGCCCAAGUGAAAAUAAACUGCUACCCACUGUUGUUAAAUUAUGUUUUCUGUUUGAUGAAAGUAGAAAGUGCUGUAGAAGGGAGAACAGCCUUGCUGCAAGUACGCUAAAACAUUUUGAAUCUUAUUUCACUGCCUACUUUGAUUUCAUCUCUGACAAUUUUUUCCUUAGCUAAACAAAUAUAUACUGAAUAUUGCAAUGGGACUGAUUAUUCUUUUAGAAGCUAAUAUCUGUGUACAGUUUGAUGUGCUGUCAUUUGUCUGCUUUUUCUCCUGUUGUCUUUGAAAGCACCAUUAAUAAAAAUCUGGAUAAACUGCUAA